AUGGCGGCGCUGCAGGAGAAGAAGACGUGCGGGCAGCGGAUGGAGGAGUUCCGGCGCUUCUGCUGGAACCCCGACACGGGCCAGGUGCUGGGCCGGACGCCGGCGCGUUGGGUGUGGAUCAGCCUCUACUACGUGGGCUUCUACGUGGUGAUGACCGGCCUCUUCGCCCUGAGCCUCUACACGCUGAUGUGGACACUGGACCCCUACACGCCCGACUACCAGGACCAGCUGAAGUCCCCAGGGGUGACCCUGCGGCCGGACGUCUACGGGGAUCGGGGCCUGGACAUUUCCUACAGCGUCUCCGACAACCGCUCCUGGGCGGGCCUGGUGCUCAUGCUGCGCGACUUCCUGGCAGGCUACUCGCCCGCUGCCCAGGAGGCCAGCAUCGACUGCCACACCCAGAGGUACUUCAUGCAGCACCAGUUCCAGGCUGCUAACCACACCAAGUUCUCCUGCAAGUUCACGGUGGACAUGCUGGGCAGCUGCUCAGGCCGGGUGGACCCCAGCUUCGGCUUCGCAGAGGGCAGGCCCUGCUUUAUCAUCAAGAUGAACCGGAUCGUGGGGUUCCUCCCCGGCAACAAGACAGUGCCCAGGGUGGACUGUGCCUUUGCGGACCAGCACGGCCCGGACGCCGCGCCGCUGCAGGUGGAGUACUGGCCCGCCAACGGCACCUUCAGCCUGCACUACUUCCCCUACUACGGGAAGAAGGCCCAGCCCCACUACAGCAACCCGCUGGUGGCCGCCAAGCUGCUCAACGUGCCCCGGAACCAGGAGGUGGUGGUCGAGUGCAGGGUCCUGGCUGAGCACGUGACCUUCGACAACCCGCACGACCCCUACGAGGGGAAGGUGCAGUUCAAGCUCCGCAUCCAGGAGCAGGAGCCCACGGCGGGGCCCACGGCUCCCGGCGCCACGGCCCGGGCCUGA